AUGUCCACGGUUGAAAGGAGCCUCCACAGGGCUUCCAGUAUGACGACCAGUCCAAGAUUGUCCACGAAACGAGAAUCGACACCUCCAACCGUCUCUGAUCCAGCACUCCUCAUUAUCCAUGACCGUUUACAUCAGCUUGAUGCUAAAGUAAUCGAUCUGCGGACUUCAAUACUGACCCAAGAUGAAUACGUCAACCGACGAAACCGGGAAGAUGAGUACAUUCGAAGAGAAUUUGACGGGCAACGCCAGACCUGCAGCCGAAUCGAACUAAACGUAGGAAGGAUGAAGGGCGAUGUGUCCCAGUUGAAGGAUGGCCUAACGAAGUUGAAGUCUGAGAUGAUACAGCUGAGGACUCACCUCUCAGAGCUAAGUUCGAAGGAAGACUUUCUUCAGAGUGACAUCAGCCAGCUGCAAAGCGAUGUCAACCAGCUCCAGAUCGAUGUCCAGAAACUUCAUACCGACGUUUGUGCUACACGAACAGACCUCAGUCAGAUUCAGACUAUCGUGAGCCAACUUCACAUUGAUUUGAUGACACUCCAAAGGGAGUCGUCUCAGAACUUCGGAGCUGUCUUCUCUCGUUUCUCAGCAAUGGAAUCGCGUAUGAAGUACAUGGAACGUACACGAUUCAACUCUCUAGCCCAGACUGCAUAUGCACCCAUAACCCCGGUCCCUUUUGUCGAAGAAAACGGAGCUGUUCGUUGGCCAGAGUACUUCCCCCGGACUGUUUGGAAAUUCUGGUGUUUGAAGAAGCGAAACCGAAUUCAUCGCCUUGUCGAGCUUGCAGAGUUUUACGAAUUGGAAGGCUACCAGUAUUGGGGCCGUAUGCCGCAUGCACACGAUUCAACUUUCUCCACAGAUGGUGAUAUGAGUGACUCCAGUGACUCGAGUGAUUUACCCUCAGACCUCACCCGUGCAGAAGCAUCUCGCCAGUACCCGGAAGCUUGCCAUCAAGCUCUUGCGGCCACUUUGGGCCUUGUAUACUACAAGAUCAGAAAUGAAGUUGGCGAAGGUCCGUUUAGUCACGUCGUUCCAACUGCCCAUAAGCGUAUGCUGGAUGAAGUAGUAUCCGUCAAUUCUUCAUCGAAGUCGAAACCAUCUAAGAUUUCUCGUCGCUCCAACGAAACCUCACCGACAUACUUGCACCGUAACCACAUAGGACUAACGCUCGACACCAAAUCCAUUGUUUCAGAACAUCUGGAUAAACUGGGUUGGAAUGUCCAUGCGUCUCAAAUGUCCGAUGACACGAUGAGUAAACUGAAGGGGAUCGUAUCAGAUGAGGUCAAUUCUAUCCUGUUACAUGCAUUGGAGAGGGGUCGGAUUCAACUAAAACCCAAUCUUUUGGAACGUCCGCGGCAAUCCCCAACAGACUCCUCUAAGCUUAGCAUACGGGCCAAGCCCAACUUCGAUGAAUACCCUACCACCCACGAUGAUGACGUGGUUACUGUUGAGAAUACUGUUCCAACAGAGAUCAUUUCUCCUCGGUCAUCUGGCGAGGAUGGACCGUGGAUUCCAGGGCGUAUGUCGGAGACACCAAGUCCAUCGGCAAUCUCCAUGGAGUGA